CAAUGAGAACAUACUAUAAGUGGUGUGCAUAUUUUGUUUGGUACUAAAAUAUAGCUUUUUACAACACUGCUCGUUUGAUUGAAGCGUCCUCUGUUUUCGGCAGUUCUUACUUUGAACGACAAAUGUUUACAAAUUGUGUGUUUAACAUUAUUUCAAAUGAAAAAUAUUAAAAGUAUGUCAUUGCACAGUGCGUUUGGUGAAAAAAUUGAGGACUACGAAGUCCUUAACUUGUUAGGAAAAGGUGGAUUUGCUAGUGUUUACAAGGCCCGUUGCUUAAAGACAAAUCAAAUGGUUGCUAUAAAAAUGAUUGAUAAGAAAUUGAUACAGGGGGCUGGAAUGGCAAGUCGUGUUCGUCAGGAAGUGGAAAUUCAAUCACGAUUAAAGCAUCCAUCUGUACUAGAAUUAUUCACAUUCUUUCAAGAUAACAAUUAUGUGUAUUUGGUAUUAGAACUGGCACAUAAUGGCGAACUUCACAGAUUCCUGAAACAUAAUUUAAAUCGUACAAUGAAAGAAUCAGAAGCAGCUAUCGUAUUACAGCAGGUUGUUUCUGGUCUUCUAUACUUGCAUUCUAAUCAGAUAAUGCACCGCGAUAUAUCACUCUCAAAUCUAUUACUUAGUAAAGAUAUGCAUAUUAAAAUUGCAGAUUUUGGGUUAGCAACGCAAUUAAAGCGUCCUGAUGAAAAACACAUCACAAUGUGUGGAACUCCAAACUACAUUUCUCCAGAGGUUAUUUCUCGUUCAUCACAUGGACUUCCAGCUGAUGUGUGGGGUUUAGGUUGCUUACUGUAUACAUUAUUAGUUGGAAAACCACCAUUUGAUUCUGACGCAGUGCAAUCUACACUGAAUAAAGUAAUAGCUUCUGAUUUUUAUAUACCAGGACAUAUUUCACACGAAGCGCAAGACUUAAUAAGAAAACUACUCAAGAAAAGUCCUCUUGAACGCAUAGGUCUCACGCAAGUAUUAAAACAUCCAUUUAUGAUCCGAUAUAUGUAUCCAACAGCUGCUGGAUCGGCUGCUGCUGUAAAUUGUAUUAAUCAGAGUACUACAAGUAGCGAUAGUGGGAUAGUUACUUUUUCUAGUAGCAGUUCUAGUUCAUCACGCCCUCAUGUAAUUUCAAUGAAUGGAUAUUCUCAUAAACCUUCAGAAAAUCGAAAUGAUAAUCAACUAAAUAAUAAUAACUUCAAUGUGCCGGUUAUUCAAACACAUUUUUCGGAAUGUGAUAGUAUGGACUUAGAUUGGCAAAAGCCAUCCCAAAUGCACUCAGUAAAAAAAGAAAAAAACUAUGUGCUUGGAACAUCUAAUCGUAAUGAAAAUCAAGAAAAUAAAUACUUCAAGGCUUUAGGUACAAAUAUAGAUAUAGAGACUACUCCAUUCAUGAUCCCUGGUAUCCCAACCACUGGUACUGCAAAAGAAAACAAUUGUAUAAUUAAAACCCAAAAAGUAGUUGAUGAAUGUAUAUCAGUUCCUCCUUUGAAUACUACCAGAUUGCUUGCUACACGUUAUAAAACAAAAAAUGCUAUAAUGAGUAUUUUAGAUAAUGGAGAAGUGGUGAUCGAGUUUAUUAAAUAUAAAAAUAAAUUUAAUGAAAAUCGCAUCACUGACAUUUGUCGAAUAUCCUGUGAUGGCAACCGAAUAAUAAUAUACCAACCCGAUCCCGGAAGAGGGUUGCCUAUACGGGAACAACCCCUUAAUACCUCAGACAUUGGUGAUAGCUUUACGUAUAGUUAUGAGAGUUUACCCACAAGACAUUGGAAGAAAUAUGUGUAUGCCUCACGUUUUGUAAAUCUCGUUAAAAGUAAAACACCUAAAGUUACAUAUUUUAGUAAACAAGCUAAAUGCCAUCUUAUGGAAAGUAUGCAAGACUUCGAAAUAUCUUUCUAUUCUGGAGCUAAAGUUACACAAUCAUCUUCGGAAGAUUUAAAGGUUUUUGAUCAGAAUGGGAAACAAUUGUUUGAUUUUAAAAAUUUAGAAGCAAAUCAAUUACUUGAACAUUAUAGAGAAUGUUUAGAACAUUGUAAAACUGUUUGCAAUGCUUUAGAAAUAUUGAAUUCUGGAAGUAAUAGCUGUUUUCCUGUAAUUAUCGGGCGCCGUCCAAGCAAUGAGAUAAAAAAGGAAUAUAUUGCGACAAAUUCAACAAAUAGUAACAUAAAGUUUGCAUUCUCCACACCAAAGUCAGAACAGGGUUCAUUUAAUUUUACAGUAAGCACAAUUUCAUCAACGCGUAAUGAACAUUCUUAUGGAAACACACAAUUAACACAUGAGGAGAUACGUGCAGCCAGUCAAAAUAUUCCGAUUAAAUGCGUAAACAUACCUGGAAUUGGUAUUGCAACGGAGUUAUCACAUGGUGUUAUACAAGUACAAUUUAAUGAUGGAUCACUAAUAUCUAUCAUACCAAGAGAGCACGGUGGUGGAUUCACCCAUACACAAAGCAAUGGUAUUUCUACCCAUUUUGGUAUACAUGACGAACUGCCAUUUUUGGUUAGAGAAAAAUUAUCAGCACUGCCAUUGAUUGAAUUACAGUUAAAAGAUGCUCCUUUAUUAAGUCGGCGUUUAAAUGAUAAUUAUCAAUAUUCCGCUCUGAAACCGAAAGUAAUUGCACCGCAACCACUAAGUAACUCACCUAUGAAAUUUUUCCGCUAGACAUAUGCAUAUUGAUUUAUCAUCAUAUCUUUAUUUUGGACUUAUUAUUUUUUAAAAUGUACACAGUUCUUUAUAUUUUAAAUAUUUAUUUUUUCAUUCCCAUGGAAAUGAUUACUAUCAUUGUA